AAGUUGGUGCUGCUCCCCGGGGCGCAGGGGGCUUCACCCCCAAAAGGAUGGGGCGCGGGGAGAGAGGCCAGCCAAAAAAAGCUGCGGCGGCGGACGAGGCGGUUCUUGGCGUGGAGCGGGACCGCCGGUCCCCGAGGGCCCCUGCGCCGCCGGCCGGCCCCGUCCCAGCGAUGGCAACGCCGGACGUCAGCGUCCACAUGGAGGAGGUGGUGGUGGUGACGACGCCGGACAACGCCGUGGACGGCAGCGGGGUGGAAGAGGUGAAGACGGUGCUGGUGACCACCAACCUGUCCCAGCAUGGAAACCUCUCCUCGCCCCGCAGUGUUCCCUGUGCAGUCAGAGCAGCGCUGUCCAGCAGGAGGCACAGGAAGGUCAGGAUCAGGACAUUGGUAGUGCUGCUUUUUGUGUGUCUGGAGUGGCUGCUGCCCUUCUUGCUGCCCCAGGGUGCUGUUGAAGUGGCAUUUCUGGCUUUUCCCUGAAGAAACCUGGAGAAAUGCAAAAACCAAGUAGCCAAAUAAUAAAAAAACGGGUUAAAACUCUUCUCUUUCCCGUGUCAAACAGCUCCUUCUGUAAUAUUAACCUGUGUGCAGGCAUGUUAGCUCAGAAUUUACCCUUCGGUGCCCUUCUGCAUUAUCCCUGGCUUUCCUUGCCAUCGCUCAGAUCCACAGGUCCCCGUGUGCCACAGAGGCAGUGGGACCAUCCCCUUGGUGCC